AUGCCUCCACGCAACCGCGCAUGUCAGACAUGCCGCCAAAAGCGCCGAAAGUGCGAUUUUACUCUACCGGAAUGCCAGCAGUGUCUUCGAGCAAACCAGUCAUGCCCAGGACCGCAUAGAGGACCAAUCUUUGUCAACCAAACCCAACUUAUCAGCGAUCAAUAUGCUGCCAAAGCAAGUCGGUUGGACGCCGAAAAGUGUCUGACCAAACACGUUUCAUCGGAAUUGAUCGACUCAGAAGCCUUUGUCGGUCAUUUUGUCUCAUCGUGUACCUCCUUCGGUACAGGUAUGACCACAAGAUCAUGGUUGUCUGCACUCAACGAUGUACCCGAGCAGAAUGGCAGACCGGCAUUCAGUCUUGCUUUAAGAGCGACCGCAUUAGCGUUCUGUGCCCAGGCAGAGCAAAACUGGUCAGCGGCGGCCAAGGCUCGUUCCGACUAUGGACGUGCUCUUGCUCUGCAUGCAAAAACCCUAGCACAGAAGGCAGACUUGUCAAUGCUGUCUAUGCUCGGUACUUCCAUCAUCAUGUCUUUUUUUGAGGCCGUGUCCACAACCACGAGCCAUGCUUACGAGGAGCAUCUCAAUGCCGCGCGGAAAUUGCUGGAAACUGCAAGGGAGCAAGAAAAUUACAAUGCCAUCCUGGACGGUAUUGAGUUGCACAUCCAAUACCAGAUUGCCUUCAGAUUGAUUGCUGGUUACGCUCUAUCCGACGGCUCUACCUUGGGACAGACAUCAGAACAUAUCUCACAAAUCGACCCACUCGCUAAUCUGCUCGUUGAUCUGAGCAAGCUCUAUGCAAGCAAAUUCCACAAAACGGCUUUCGUGAUGCAGCAGGUUGAAGAUGGGUUUAUGUCAAAAGUCGUGACAAUCUGCAAAGCUCAGGAAGCCGAUAUUUUGACUAUGGUCGGCACUGUCCCAUGGAUGAAGGAUACUGAAAUGGAGUACCACGAUGCUAUCGCAGCGAUAACCCUGGCGACUCUGAGCUCUCUGAGGAUGCUUGUCCUUUUAACUUCUAACACGAAUUUUGGUGGUGUGGUCGGUGAAUUAUUGAAGUCUCAUUGCAGUACGAUCUUGCAGGCUGCUACCUGCCUGGCCAGACACCAGAUUCGCUGCGCUUGGCUGCGUAUGUACCUCCCACUAACUCUGGUUGCCAUGCAUAGUCCGGUGUCUGCUCAGCGAGCACGAGCCGACAAUCUCCUCAUUCAGUGGCUUGGGAAGACUCCUCUGGCGGGUCUAAGCCUGGCAGCCAUUGAAAGGAUCCGCGAGUUCCGCAAUAUGUGCGGCACCUGUGACUGA